GCGAAGGAAAGAUGGCGGCGGCUGCGGUUUGAAUUCCAGCGGCGCCGCUAGACUGAGAACAAGAGCUGGGUUGGAAGGGGCGGGACCUGGGGAACUGAGCGUGUUGCCACAGCUUGGGGAACCAGUGGCGCCACUGCAGAUACCGGUGCCACCAUUUCUGUGUUCAUUGAUGGACUCUGGAAUGGAAGAGGACAUCACUCUGCCCGGGAUCCUCAGCAGCUGCAGUGGCCUUCACCCUAUUUUGCCAGGUGAACUAAAUGGCAUCAGUGACACUGCUGGCUUGGGAAAUGGAGUGCUCCCAAACAUGUCAGAAGAAAAGGUCUCUCCUACCAGAGCCCGGAAUAUGAAGGACUUUGAAAAUCAAAUCACUGAGCUGAAGAAGGAGAAUUUCAACCUGAAACUUCGCAUCUACUUCCUUGAGGAGAGGAUGCAGCAGGAGUUUGCUGGCCCCACCGAGCACAUCUACAAGACUAACAUUGAACUCAAGGUGGAAGUGGAAAGUCUGAAGCAGGAACUCCAGGAGAGAGAUCAGUUGCUCGUCAAAGCCUCCAAAGCAGUGGAGAGCCUAGCUGAAGGGGGUGGUUCCGAAGUCCACCGCAUGAAAGAAGAUGCGAGAAAGAAGGUGCAGCAGGUAGAAGACCUCCUGACAAAAAGGAUACAUCUUCUAGAACAAGAUGUGAAAGCCGCCCAAGCAGAACUGGAGAAGGCCUAUGCAGGGACAGAAACAGAGAAGGCUCUUCGCCUCAGCUUGGAAAGCAAACUCUCAGCGAUGAAGAUGAUGCAGGAGGGGGACCUGGAGAUGACUCUGGCUCUGGAAGAGAAGGACAGACUGAUUGAGGAGUUGAAGCUGUCUUUGAAGAGCAAAGAAGCUUUAAUUCAGUGCCUUAAAGAGGAGAAAUCUCAGAUGGCAUCUCCUGACGAGAAUGUGUCAUCUGGAGAACUCCGAGGACUUUCUGCCACUCCGAUGGAAGAAAAGGAGAGAGACGCUGAGGCUGCACAAAGGGAGUGGCAGAAGAAGAGAAGUCACUUUGAAGAGAAGAUCCAGGCUCUUCAGGAGGACCUGAGAGAGAAGGAAAGAGAAAUUGCUACAGAGAAGAAAAAUAGCUUAAAGAGGGAUAAAGCCAUUCAGGGCCUAACCAUGGCAUUAAAAUCAAAGGAAAAAGAGGUUGAAGAACUUAACUCUGAAAUCAAAGAGCUCACUGCUGCCUUCACCAAAGCCAGAGAGGCUCCCUUAAAAACACAGGCCACAAAAUUCCAGGGGUCUGAGGACUUCAAUGCUGCCCUGGAGGAAAAGGAAGUCCUCCUGUCCAAGCUGCACUCAGAAAACCUCACACAGAGCACAGAGAACCACAGACUGCUCAGGAAUGUUAAAAAGGUCACCCAGGAGUUGAGUGACCUGAAGAAGGAGAAGCUGAAACUAGAGAAGGACCUGGAGGAAGCCCACCAAGAGGGGAACAAACGAGCCCAAACCAUCCAUGAUCUUAGAAACGAAGUUGAGAAACUACGAAAUGAAGUGAAUGAGAGAGGGAAGGCAGUGGAGAAGCAUUGCAAGAGUGUUCCCAGCGAAAGCAAUAGGGAGUUCCAUACUCAAGAACAAGUGGCCCAUCGUUUAACAGAAAGUGGCAUUCAAAAGGAUCUGAUGCUUCAGAAAUCCAAUGAAGACUUGGAAGCAAUACAGCAGAACAGUUAUUUAAUGACUGCAGAGGAGCUCAAGUUUGGGAGCGAUGGCUUCAUAACAGAAAAGUGUUCUCAGCAGUCACCAGGCAGCAAACUCAUCUUCUCUAAGGAAGAGCAACAAUCAGACUAUGAAGGGCUGGCUGGCGACUUAAAGACAGAACAGAGCAUCUAUGCCCAUCUGGCAAAGACUCUACGGGACUCAGACAGUGUCAGCAACCUGCAGGCUGAGCUGAAAGAGGUACUUGCCCUUCGGAAGCAGCUGGAGCAGGAUGUCCUUGCCUUUCGGAAUCUACAGAAGGCCUUGCAGGAGCAGCUCAGUGAAAUUCAGAGGCGGGAAGAAGAACCCUUUUCAUUUUAUAGUGAUCAAACAUCGUAUCUAAGUAUUUGCCUUGAAGACCACAAUGAGCUUCAAGUGGAACAUUUUUCUCAAGAAGAACUCAAGAAAAAGGUCAGUGACCUCAUACAGCUUGUAAAGGACCUGUACACAGACAACCAGCACCUGAAGAAAACCAUUUUUGAUCUCUCUUCUAUGGGUUUCCAGGGAAACCACAGACUUGAGUCAACAAAACAAACAGAGCUUCUAGCUAGCAAGGAAGAUGAAGACACAAUCAAAAUUGAAGCAGCUGAUGAGAAUCAUUUCCAGAGUGACCAGCAUUUGGAGCAGAGUAAUGAGAUCAUGGAGGACUAUGCCAAGGGUGGCUGCAAAAAUGGAUAUUUAAAGCACAUGGAUUCCAUUAUUUCAGCCCAUGAUGGGCCCCAUACACCUGGUAUCCCUGGAGACCAGAGUCUUGAAGAUGAACUCCUGGGCCUGCUUGGUACUUUCUUCCAAAAGAAGGCCACACUAUCACUGGAAUCCAGAAACAGGCCGGAUCUUCUGAAAGCACUUGGUGCCUUGCUUUUGGACCGAAUAUUCUUGGCAGAGCAGGAGCUUCCUGGAGAUCACCUUGAUAGUAAAGCUAAGAAGGCACUGCAGCAAGUCGCUAUUCAGUUGAAGGAUGAACUUGGCUAUUCUUUCCCAGACAACUCAUUCUCCAAGUCACACAAUGAACUCAGGUCAACAUGGGGGCUAAUAAAGAAAGGUGAUGAAGCCAAAGUGGAGCAAACUGUCACCAUAGAGGACACUCCCUGUGGAUUCGAAUCUGAAGGGACAAGAGAAGCUUGGGAAGAAAAACCGGAAGAGGCUAUUUUCAGCACUGACCCUGAGUCAGAGGCCUUGUCUCAGAUGCCAGGGCUAGAGGCUACACCCCACUCAUUUUCCAGUGCAGUCAACAAGGAUGCUGAGAAGACGGGUUUGCUGAUCCAAUUAAAAACAUCUGAGUUAUUGGAAAACAUGUGUGAUCAUCCUGCCUCCCCAGAGGUGGUGGCUCAGCUCCAGGGCCAGAUUCUAGAGCUACAAAGGGAGCUGAAGGAGUGUAAAACACACAAUAAGCAACUCCAUGACAAGCUGCUUCUUGCAGAGGCAAUGAUGGAGGGGAUGGCAAUACCUAACCCAGCGCUGCUUAAUGGGCCUGCAGUUCAGCCUUUUGUGAGAGAAGCUUACCAGAACAAUCCAGGCGAGCAAGAAGGACCUGAAACCACACACUCUGCUUGGAGAGACAAAGAAGUGGACAGUGACCAAUACACAGGCUUUGAGAUUGAUUCUGAAAUUUGUCCAUCUGAUGACCUUGCCUUAUUACCAGCAUGCAAAGAGAACCCUGAAGACUUUCUAGGCCCAACCUUGAAUUCCAAGAGUCAGCUCUCCAUUAAAGUCAGUGUGAUUGGGACUGAGCAAUCUGAGAACAUCAAUAUCUCCAGUGACACCGAAGACUUAAAACAGAAAAUCCACAACUUGCAAACUGAGCUGGAUGGCUACCGGAACUUCAUUGUCCAGUUACAGAAGCACUCUCAGUGCAGUGAAGCCAUUAUCACAGUUUUGUGUGGGACAGAGGGGGCUCAGGAUGUCUUGAACAAGCCUAAGGGCAAUAUUGAUGAUGAAGAAGAGAGGACAUUUUCAAGGUUGCACGAAGUACGAUAUGUGAAGCACAUGAAAAUCCUCCAUUCACUAACCCCAGAGAUGAUUGACAGUGGGGUACUAGAGAACCUCAAACAGCAACUGGUGGAACAGGAGCAGGAGCUACAGAAGGAGCAGGAUUUGAACUUGAAGCUUUUCAGCGAAAUCCAUAACUUGCAGAACAAAUUCCGAGACCUCUCCCCAUCAAGAUACGAUUCAUUGGUUCAGUCCCAAGCCAGAGAGCUCUCCCUUCAGCGGCAGCAGAUUAAGGAGAGCUAUGACAUCUGUGUCAUUUACCGUCAACACAUGAACACCAUGAUCAAGGCAUUUGAGGAGCUUCUGCAGGCCAGUGAUGUGGACAGUUGUGUGGCUGAGGGCUUCAGGGAGCAGCUAACACAGUGCGCUGUACUGCUUGAGCAACUGGAAAAGCUGUUUCUCCAUGGAAACUUAGCCAGAGUGGAACCACAUCCCCAGAGUGAACUGCUAGACAGGUUUAGGACUGAGGAAGACAACUUAACCUACCAACAGCUCCUGUCUGAAUCUCCUGACCCUUCUGCCUCUCACGCACUGUCAGAUGAUGAAGUGUCUGCUAAGUCCUCCCUGUCCCGAGACCAGAAACCAGACAGCGAGACUGAAAAGUGCCCAGAGAUGUCAAGUCAUUUUCCUCAAGACUUACUAAUGGAACACAUACAGGAAAUUCGAACUUUGAGAAACCGUUUGGAAGAAUCUAUUAAGACAAAUGAGAAGCUCCGGAAACAGCUGGAACGUCAGGGGUCUGAAACUGACCAAGGUUCUACAAAUGUUUCUGCUUAUGGCUCAGAGCUGCACAGCUCUCUGACGUCAGAAAUACAUUUCUUGAGGAAGCAGAACCAGGCCCUUAGUAUGAUGCUUGAGAAAGGAUCCAGAGAUAAACAGAAAGAGAAUGAAAAAUUACUUGAGUCUCUGUCCAGGAAGGCUGCAAGUCUUGAGCACCUUCAGUUAGAGUACACCAGUGUAAAGGAAGAAAAUGAAAGGUUGCAGAGAGACAUCAGUGAGAAGGAGAAACGCAACCAACAGUUGACCCAGGAGGUCUGCAGCAGCCACCAGGAACUGAGCAGGGUACAGGAAGAAAUGAAGUUGAAACAGCAGCUGCUCUCACAGAAUGAUAAGCUGCUCCAGUCCCUCCGAGUGGAACUGAAGGUGUAUGAGAAGCUGAAUGAGGAACAUAGGAAGCUCCAGCGAGAGGCAUCUGGAGAAGGCUGGAAGGGACCUGACUCUUUGAACAAUCUGCAUGGCCUCCUGACAGAGGUGCAGGCUCUCCGUGACCAAUUGGAAAGGAGCAUCCAGACUAACAGCACCCUGAGAAGCAAGCCAGAGGAGCAACUAUCACUGGGACCAAAGAAGGCCCAGGAAGGGGCGCUCACUCUGGCUGUCAAGGCCCUGUCUGUCACUGAGUGGUCCCUUCAACUGGACAAACACGAUGGCAACAUAUAUCCUGAGACCAGUGAUAAUUCAUUUGAUCUGUUUGACUCUACACAGGCAAUGGCACCUAAGUCAGCUUCUGAGACUCCUCUGCUCUCUGGAACUGACGUUGACUCCCUCUCCUGUGACAGUAGCUCUUCUGCCACCAGCCCCCCUUGCAUGCCCUGCCUGGUUGCUGACCACCAUGUGUGGGCCAGUGAGAGUGGUCACCAUAUGCUGGGCCUGAUUGAGGACUACGAUGCCCUCCAUAAGCAGAUCAGCCGGGGUCAGAGACUGCUUGCCAAAAUGGACAUUCAAACUCAAGAGGCUCUGAGCCCCGCAAGUCAAAAGCUGUGCUCAAAGAGUCCACAUUCUGUGCCUCUGAACAAGAUUCUCUCCAGCAUGAACACAGCCAAGCAGAUCCUGGAAGAAGCCUCAAGGUUGUUGAAGCUCUUCUGGAGGGUCUCAGUCCCCGCAGAUGGCCAGUGUUCCCAUCACUGUGAGCAGAUUGGAGAAAUGAAGGCAGAGAUCACCAAACUACAUAAAAAGUUGUUUGAACAAGAAAAGAAGCUGCAAAACACUGCAAAACUUCUGCAGCAGAAAAGGCACCAGGAGAAAGUCAUCUGUGAUCAGUUGGUCAUCACCCACCAAGUCCUUCAGAAGGCCAGACGAAACCUGGAGAGAAGGACUAGGACUGCCCAUCCGGGAACAUCCAGCCCCAGUAGACCGGGCUCAUGAAGAGAGCUUUCAGCUAAUAAAGCUUAUGAUUCUAAGAU